CGUGAUAUUGCGUUAUUUCGUAGUAUAUAAACUGUAAGCUGUGCUUUUUAGCCAUCAAUUGCCAUUUAUUCAUCUGGCAUACUGACCGACAAAAUGCUGAUUCAGUGUCUUUUAGCUGCCAUUCUGGUCUUCCAGGCAUGUCUGGCCACCCCUUUUGGUCUAAAACCUAAGAUCACCGAUGGUGAAGAUGCCAUACCUGGUGAAUUUCCUUAUCAGGUGUCUAUUCGUUGGGGUAUACCACCUCUCAUUCCACUGAACCAUGCCUGCGGUGGUUCAAUCUUGAACGAGCGUUACAUUUUGACCGCCGGACACUGUGUUUUGAAGUUUGGCAAGCUUAAGGUUUUGGCUGGCAAGCAUCACAUUUCUAAAGAUGAAGACACUCAACAAGAAAUUGCAGUUGAAAGGGCCAUCGUUCACGAAAAAUAUCCGGGAGGUGUUGCUCCAUAUGAUAUCGCUAUCUUGAAACUGAAAACUCCCCUUAUCUUUAACAAGAGAGUGUCCGCUAUUACUCUACCUCGACAAAACGAGAUACGAACUGGAAAAGCUGUGCUCUCUGGAUGGGGUUCUAUUUCAAAAAAAUUGCGCCCGCUGCUUCCUGAGGUUCUUCAAAAAGUUACUGUCCCAGUAUUGGAUAAUCAAUCUUGUCUGAACAAAUUCCCAAAUAACAUCAUAGGCAAAAAACCAGAACUCUAUGAUUCACAAAUCUGCACUGAUGCUGUUGGAGAGGUAUCAGCCUGUUCUGGUGACUCUGGCGGUCCACUAGUCCAAUUAGAAAACAACACUCCUAUUCAAAUCGGUAUCGUUUCGUGGGGUGUCAUGCCAUGCGGUGUCAAUCGCGUUCCUUCCGUCUACACCCGUGUAGCUUCCUACGUUGAUUGGAUUAACAAUAUCAUAAACCUCUAAUUAUUUAUAUUAAAUAGCUUUUGUCUUUUCUAUCCGAUCAAUAGACUUGUGAGAAUUGUAUUACUUAAAACAUUAUUGUAUGCGCUAUUUUGAUACAAAUUAAAAUAAUCAAAUUUUUUGAUUGUGAAUAAAAAAGAAAUUAAAAUUUUCCGAUAAAUUCUGACAAUAAUAAUGCUAUAAUCUAUGUAAUACAAUACAGAAAAUAUUAAAAAUAAAAAAAU